CUUACUGCAGCUAAUCAGUGGAAUUUUGCUUAUGUGGAGGGUAAGCUGUGGAGAAAAUACUUGAAAUGCUAGAAAAAAAAAAACUGCAAUUUUGGAAUCAGCAUGCCAAUUUUGGUUUUAAACAGCAUACAAAUCUAACUCAACAGAUUUUAUUUUCUUCAAAUUGUUCCCCAGUGUAUCAAACAGCAUUGCAGCCCCUUGUCAGUGCAAAUGAAUAUCCUAAUUGAUGGCCUACAAAAUGGCCUGUAUGCACGCUCGCCACGCAAGACCCCAUUGCUGAAAACAAACCAUGUCAAAGCUCGUUUAAAGUUUGCAGAGCAACAUUUGGACAAGCCAGUUAAAUGCCGGGAGAAUAUAGUCUGGUCGGAUGAGAACAAAAUUGAACUGUUUUGAUGCCGUAAUGAACACCAAGUUUGGAGGCGAAAUGGCACUGCACAUCACCCUAAAACACCAUUGCAAGAGUGAAGUUCGGAGGUGGGAACAUGAUGGUGUGGGGCUGCUUUUCAGCAAAUGGGACUGGUAAACUUCACAUAUUGAAGGAAGGAUGAAUGGGCAAAUCUACAGAGACAUUCUUGGCAAAAAUCUGCUGCCAUCUACGAGGAUGACGAAAAUUAAACGAGGGUGGACAUUUCAGCAGGAUAAUGAUCCAAAAUAUACUGCCAAGGAAACGCUGUUGGUUUCAAAGAAAAAAAAUAAAGUUGCAAAAAUGGCCCAGCCAAUCACCUGACUUGAAUCCAAUGGAAAAUCUAUGGAAAGAACUGAACCUCAAGGUCCGUGUGGAGGAAUGGGCCAAAAUCACACCAGAGCAAUGUAUGUGACUAGUUUCUCCAUACAGGAGGCGUCUCGAAGCUGUCAUUGCAAAAAAAGGCUUUUGUGCAAAGUAUUCAAUAAAUACCACUUGGCGUCUUCAAUACGUUUUCCCUGUGUCAUUUCACAUUAUUACACACAACUUCAUUUAUGAGCUUAUUUGUUCUAGUUUCUUUGUAUGUAUGGAUCAGUUGGGUUGUUCCCAACAUCUGGUGGAAUUUUCAAGUCAAUUGCACCUUUGGAAAUAUAUUUGAGAAAAAUGCUGACGCGUUAAAUACCUAUUUCAGCCGUUAUACAUGCAUAUAUGCACUCUUAAAACUGCUGGGUUAAAAGUAACCCAAAUUGUCCAAUUUUAUUUGGGGAUGUGGGAGGAAACCGGAGUGCCCGGAGAAAACCCACGCAGGCACGGAGAGAACGAGGCCGGAUUUGAAUCCGCAACCUCAGAUCUGUAAGGCAGACGUGCUCACCGCCCUCGUGUAGUGACGCAUCUGUCAAAUACACGAUCUUUGGCCAACGGUGACGUCACGGCGGCAUCAAAUCCAACAUGGCGAACAUUCGGUGUGUCAAGGGGAUGGUGGGCCUGGUGACGGGCGGGGCCUCGGGAUUGGGCCGGGCCACGGUGGAGCGUCUGGUCCAGAGCGGAGCGUCCGCCGUCAUCCUGGACUUGCCCUCCUCCGAGGGCCGAACGCUGGCGGCCACCCUGGGAGACCGAUGCGCCUUCGCUCCAGCGGAUGUGACGUCGGAGGCGGACGUGCAGUCCGCCGUCAACUUGGCGCGAGACAAGUUUGGCAAAUUGGACCUCGCCGUCAACUGCGCCGGCAUCGCCGUUGCGGUCAAAACCUUCAACUUCAAGAAGGACGUCCCUCACAGCCUGGAGGACUUCCAGCGCGUCAUCAAUGUGAACAUCGCAGGAACAUUCAACGUGAUUCGCUUAGCGGUGGGCGCCAUGGCCAAAAACGAGCCGGAUGCGGACGGCCACAGAGGUUGCAUCAUCAACACCGCCAGCGUGGCAGCCUUUGACGGGCAGGUUGGCCAAGCUGCGUAUUCGGCGUCUAAAGGAGGCAUCGUUGGAAUGACGCUUCCUGUUGCCAGAGAUCUUGCCCCGAUGGGGGUCAGGGUCAUCACCAUAGCACCGGGCCUGUUCUCCACUCCCCUCCUGGCUGGGCUUCCGGAGAAGGUGCGCUCGUUUCUGGCUCGCCAAGUGCCCUUCCCGUCACGUCUGGGCGACCCCUCCGAGUUUGCCCACUUGGUGACGUCGCUGGCCGAGAACCCCAUGAUUAACGGCGAGGUCAUUAGACUGGACGGGGCCAUUCGCAUGCAGCCCUGAGUGCGUGCGCGUCUGCGAGUGUAUGCAGGCGCUGAAUUUUUUCCAUUGUAAAAAGCAACAGGAUCAAACAAAGGCCCCCCAUAUCAUCUCUGAGGCUGACGAUGCGUGUAAAAAGUUGUGUACAUUGCAGUACUAUCUCGUUGUUUGGUAAACAAAUUCACAUUGAAAAUAAAGCUAAAAUCGCUA